CAAUUACCCUUUCUUUCGUCUGGUAUUUUCUCUGUCGAGUCCAGUUCUAUGCCAAACCAGAGCUAUUGCCAUGGCGAAUGAUCUUCAACUUCUCAAUAAUUCAAGCACAAAGGCUCAACCAGCAGAAUCAAAGUCCGCAGUUGGUUUAGAUGAGUCCAAACUUCACGAAGGUGUUCCCAAAUGUGGAUUGAAUUUUGAUGAAUGGACUUCACUUAUUUCAGAGACUGAGAUGAAGCACGCGGAUGUCAUUGAGGAGAUUUCAUUGGUGUAUGAUUCAUUCUUGUCCGAGUUUCCUCUGUGCCAUGGAUACUGGAGAAAGUAUGCAGCUCAUAAAACAAGGUUGUGCUCUGUGGAUAAGGUUAUUGAUGUCUUUGAACAAGCAGUUCAAUCAGCAACUUACUCUGUCGGUAUUUGGGUUGACUACUGUAGUUUCAGCAUAUCAGUUUUUGAAGAUCCAGCUGAUGUUCGCAGAUUGUUUAAGAGGGCAAUAUCCUUUGUCGGAAAGGACUAUUUAAGCUAUAGCUUGUGGGACAAGUACAUUGAGUUUGAGCUAUCUCAACAGCAGUGGGAUUCUUUAGCUCUGAUAUACAUUCAAACUCUGAGAUUUCCAACCAAAAAGUUGUCAUAUUACCACAGCAGCUUUAGAAAAUUGACCGAUUCUCUGAGAGAGAAUAUCCAAUCUGAUACCGGGUGCAAUCCUUCAAUGGCCACAGAAUUAGAAGCUUUGCCUAAUGGCGAAGCCCCCAUCUGUUGUACAGACAACGAGCUAUCCUCUGUCAUUAAAGACCUUCUCGAUCUGUCGACUGGGACAGCAAGGUAUAGUGCAUUACAGAAGUAUGUGCAUGCUGGGGAAAAACUCUAUGACGAAGCAUGGCAACUGGAGGAAAAAAUUAUUCACUUUGAGCAUAAAAUCAGGAGGACAUACUUUCAUGUAAAACAACUUAAUGCUGAUCAACUGAAGAAUUGGCAUUCUUAUCUGGAUUUUGUGGAGAUGUAUGGAGAUUUUGACUGGGCGGUUAAACUCUACGAGAGAUGCUUAAUUCCCUGUGCUAGUUAUCCUGAGUUUUGGAUGCGCUAUGUGGAAUUUAUGGAAAUAAAGGGUGGAAGAGAAUUAGCAAUGUUUGCUCUAGAGCGUGCAACAAAAACUUUUCUUAAGAGAGUUCCUGUUAUCCAUCUUUUCAAUUCAAGGUUUAAGGAACAAAUAAGAGAUUUAUCUGGUGCACGUGCUGCUUUUCUUCCGCUUGAUGGAGAUUUAGAUUCUAACUUUGUGGAGAAUAUUAUAUUGAAGGCUAAUAUGGAGAAACGAAUGGGGAAAUCUACGGCAGCUCUUAAUGUUUACAGAGAAGCACUGGAAAUGGUUUUGAUGAAGAACAAAUUGGAUGUUCUACCAUCCCUGUAUAUUCAUUUUUCUCGGCUUAAACACAUGAUUACAGGACGUGCAGAUGCAGCCAUUGAAGUCUUAAUAGAUGGGAUCAGAAAUGUACCUCUCUGUAAAUUACUUCUUGAGGAACUUAUAAACUUCGUAAUGGUGCAAGGAGCGCCAAACCUUAUAAAUUUAGUUGAUCCCAUCGUCGCUAAUGCAAUAUCUCUCAAGCCAGACGUAUCUCGAGGUUGGAGUGAGCAAGACAGAGAGGAUAUUUCAACUCUUUAUUUAAAGGCUAUUGACCUGUGUGGAACCAUUCAUGAUGUAAUGAGGGUGUGGAAUCGACAUAUUAAAUUGUUUCCACAGUCUAUUAGAGCAAUGCCAUAUGAAGACCCCACAUGGACAGAAGCGUUAAAAAUGACCAAAGGAGGAAAACAAACAUUAGAUUCUACUGUAACCAACCAGCCAAUCAAAGACGGUCAGCUUGAUCUAUCAACUCAGCUUCCUCUAGAAGAGAACAAACAAUCUCUGCAAGGAAACCAAAACUUCCAGAAUGACCAAUCUUCCAAUGGGAAUGAACCAGUUUCCUGUUUACUGGGAAAUCGCAAUAAUGAUAUGAAAAAAUCUGCCAUUGAUCAUAUUCAUUCUGGAGAAGCUGAAAUUGAUGCAGAGGCAAGAGUGCAGCAGGAUUCUCCAAAAGUUUCUGAGCAUUAUGGAGAGGGUGGAAAUCAGGUUGAAUUAACACCAAUGCCUAUGGACAACUCAAAAGAAGAUGAGUAUGGCAAUGCUUUGGGACAGAAUUUGAAAAAUCUUUCAAUUGGGAGUCUUUCUCUAAGCCCCAAGAACAAUGACAAAAUAGAUGUACUCCCCAAAGCGUCUCACGAAGGGGAAGCUCCCUUUGAGAACAGUAUGUCUAGUGAAAGUGUCUGCAAUACAGAUGAAGGGGCUUUAAUACACAACCCACAAGGUGUCAGAUCUUCUGGUUCCAUCCAGAUAUCUAAGGAAGUGGCUAGUCCAUCAUCAUCUCCAAGCCACGAUAAACCUAUACACACCCAAGCGCCUUCACAGUUUCAUGCGGGUGCAACUGGAAAUAGGAACUGGCACCAUAAACAUUCUUCUGGUAACUUACAUCAUGACUCCCAACAUCAAUUUCAGUCACAUUCACGGAGAAGACCUCAUCGAACAUGGCAAGAUUCUCCUCGAGACUACCAAGGAAUGAGAUCUGGUCAAACACCAGAUAGUCAAGAUUUUACCUCUGAAUCUAUUGCUUCACAGGAACCACGAGUUGAACGAAGCAGCCAAGAAUACAAUCAGAUUCAAUCUGCUCAGCAGCAGAACUUCCCCACUAUUCAGUCUCAACUUCCUUCUCAAGGUUUUCAAGAGAAGUCUCAAUAUAUUACACCAAACGAGGAGCAAUAUGGUUACAUGCAAAGUGGUCAGGCCCCACAUACCUAUGAACAGAUGUGGCAUUAUUAUUACUACCAGCAGCAGCAGCAGCAGCAGCAGUAUUUUUUGCAGCAGCAGCAACUUCAACAGUCACAGAAUUUUCAACAACUUCAACAGUCGCAGAAUUUUCAACAACAGUAUAACCAGCAGCAACUGCAAAUGCAACAGCAUUAUUUUCAGUCUCAACAACAAUAUCCUUACCAUGUGCAAUUACAACAGCAGUAUCACAUGCAGCAGCAAUUGCAACAAACUCAGCAACAGCAGCAUUUACUUGGCCUACAGCCACAAGAAGUCUCCCAGACAGAUCAGCAAUCAUUUAAACAACAGGAGCAUCAGCCAGAAAAAAUGGAGGAAGAAGAACAAAGGCAGCACACGAAACAGCAGGAUUCUUGACAAAAUAGCGGUAGCAGGCUGAUCAGGAGCAUUACCUGGGCAACCAAAUGAGGCGUUUGUGGCAGGUAACUUAGAUCAUCAUCUGAGCUAACUGUAGUUACACACCAAAAAUGUCAGCAGCUGCACUGAAAGUGAAGAUGGAACUUGCAGAUAUAUCUCGUCGAAAAGGCGAAGCAACAGGAUUUCCUCCUCAUUGCAGUGCGUUUACUUGGCUGCUGAAUCUUCAGAAACCGAUUACAAGGUCUGUAAUCUUCAAUACACCACCUUUUAUUUUCAGCUGUCUUGUCCACUGACCAUAGCAGGAAUCUGUAGAGCAAGAUUAGAGAUUUAUUUAGCUGUGAUUUCUGAAGGUGUGAGAAAGAGAAGAAAAGGAAGAUUACUUUAUAAAUUAGACAAGAAGUUCAGCCUACAAAGUCUAGGAAGAAGAGGUACAGCUAACUACUUGAGCAAUAGAACAAUUUUGCAGGUUGAUAGGUGAAUAGGAAGAAUAGCACUCUUCAAAUUGAGGAAUAUAAACGUUGGGACAUGGAAAUCAUUUGAAAAUUCUGCGCUGGUAAGAGGACAAAACAGAGCCAUUAACAACUCCAAUGGUUCCAACAGAGAUUAGGUUGUAAUGGCCCCCAUAUCAACCCUAUAUAAAUAUAGAAAUUAUGUCACAGCCAAUUUUGAAACCUAUAUUUCACUAUAUUUCCAUUUUUUUGGGUUAAAGA